AUGGAAGUUGGCUCAUGCUUUAGAAACUAUGAUGACUUCAAGGAGUGUUUCAACACUUACAAGAAAGAGAACAAGUGCCACUAUGGCUUAAAGAACUGCGUCUCUGUCCGCUUUUACAACCGGAAACAUGGGACCAGCAUCCGCGAGGACAUCACGUUCAUCCAGGUGAAGUUUGGCUGUGUCCGGUCACGGGAAUACAGUAAGAAGAGGAAACCACAGCCCAGCUUGUGCCCAGCUUUUUUUGUCCUGCAGUAUAAUGAGGAAAUAGACCGGCUGGUGAUUACUGAACUGAACAGUAAUCACAUCCAUGUAGACCCAGGGGGAACUUCCUUGGCCCGUACUAGCUCUUCUCUAGUGACGAGAACCACAACCAAAAUUGCAAGUUGCAUGGCAGAUGGCAGCAGCCCUGCAACAAAACUGCGUAGACAACAAUCAAGAGAGGCAGAAGCCACUGUAACAGUCAGUGAGGAGUGUGUGAUGGCUGACAUGACUUUGAAUGGAUCACCUGCUCCACUCAACAAGGUUGCUGUGCAACCUGAGGCAGUGAAGGAAAGUGUCUCAACUUCAGCUUUAGUCAGAAUUGCGGAGGUCAUGAAAAACUUCCUGAGGGUGGACAUGGGCUCAUUGGCCUCUAUUAGUGUGGGCAGCAACCAGGACCUAGACAGACUGAACUUCCAGACCAGCAAGAUGAGGAGCCUGUUUGUCAAGUUCCCUGAGAGCCUGUUGCUGCACAGGGUGCAGAGUGAGAGAGGGCAUGUACUUUAUGCCUUCCUCGUGGAGAGUAAGGACCGAGUAGGGAAGAUGGUGCACUUUGCUGUCCUGAAGGAGGACACUGGUGAGAAUGUAAGCAAAAUGCUGACUGUCUUCAAAGAGUUCAAUCCUGAGUGGCAGAAGGUCAAGGUGGUCUUUGUGGACAUGUCUUUCCUUCACAAAGCCACCAUGCAGGAGCUCUUCCCCUCAACCCAGGUGCUUCUCUCUGUCUACCACACUGUCCGAUUCCUUGAGAAGACGGUAAAGGAAACGGUGGCCACUGUUUCCUUCAAGCAUAAACUGAAGUUGGCUUUGAGGGAGGUGGUUUUUUCCACCUCCAAUGCAAAUCUAGACAUCUUGUCUCAGCUGGUAAAGCGCUUGGUGGACAAAGAGUUGUACGACUAUCUUCAGGCCAACUGGUUCUCCUGUGAGAUGCUGUGGUACAUGCAUGCAAAGAAGGGCCUCCAUUCCUGCAGCACCUAUGUAGACAGUCUGGAUCUCAUCACUCAUAAAAUAUCCAGUCUCUUCAACAAGCAGUUGUCCCUGGAGACCAGCAUCCUUCACUUUGUUGAAUAUGCCGAUUGCUUCAAUACCAAAGGUCUGGAAAACCUGAAUCAGGGUUUCUCAAGUGUUGAAGAGGAGAAUCAGAGCAAACAUGUGGAAAAGCCUAAGGUGCGUACCCGUGCCUCCAUGAAGCGUACCACUGUUGCUGCCUCGCAGCCCCAAAACAAAUGUCCUGAACUGCCCAACCAACUUGCCAAACAGAAACCUGCAAAUCCCCCAGGCACCAUGUUGGCAGCAAUCAGAGAGAGUUGCACAGACCUAGGCUACCAGCUGUGUCUGAAUGAGUGGGAGGUGGUGCAGAAGUCAACUCAGCUCAUUAAUGUCAUGAAAGACAAUAUUGUGGUUCAGCUGCUAGAAGACACACACCAGGUCAGCAAAGACUGCAAGAGCUGCAGCUGUUACUUCCACUGCCGGUACCAGCUCCCCUGCAGGCACAUGCUGUCUGUGCUGCAUGCCAACAAGAAGGCUGUGGAGGAAGCUAUGGUAUGCAAGCGUUGGCAGAAGAAGUACCAGCACCUUUCAGUCUUAGGAGAUAACCUCCUAGAUGAUAUUGGGCCCUCAAUGGGUAACCAGCCAGCAGCAGCAGAAGAAAGAUAUGACAAAAUCCAGUCCCUCAGCAAGGAGCUUGCUAAUCUCCUGAUGCAGUGUGAUGGGGAAGAGCUAGAGGAGCGCAGCUCCACACUCAAAAUGAUUGUGGACAUCUGGGCUAAAUCCUCAGAGCCAGUGGAGGAGGCUGGGAAAUGCUCCACCUUCAGAAAUGUGGGGGACUUGCCAUUUCUUUGGGUAAAGCAAGAGGAAAUAGACAUGGAGGAUGCAGGUGCAACCUCUGAGAGAUCACUGACCGGUACCAACAUGUUCCUGAUUUGAAAUGCCAGACGUUCUGUAGUCAAACUCGGAGAUUCGACAAGCUAUUAAUGGGAGCUGAUGGUUUAAUCCUCUCCCAGCCUCUUAUGGUUCUCUCCCCAUUCCCAGUCGACUCAGGGUUAACUGUUAACUUCCAAGACUGUUGAUGAUCUCAGUAAUAAACUUGAGACUUUCCUGUGUG